UCUUUUUUUAAUCAAGGGUUUGAGACGUUAUCUGAACGUUAGGUUCUUCCCUCCCUCUGUGCUCUUCCCAUCUUUAACCUAGGAUUUUUAUAAUGAUGUUUGCUUGCUUUGAUUACAAACAUAUAUGUAGUAUUUCAACCAUAAUAUAGAUUAAUUCAGCUUUUACAGUAGCCAUCCUCGUUGAAACCAAGCCUCAGUAUCAGUAACAGUAUCUUUUCUUCCUUUCAGUAUUCUGUGGAAACUCCCACCCCUUAAUAUUCUCUUCCAAAUGAGCUAAGGAACUCCCUUGGUAAUAGGAUCAAGGAUUGGCAUGUGAACUUUUUCUUCUUUUUUUUUUGGAAGUGGGGGGGUCCUGCUAUGUUCCCUACUGCCCUUAAACUCCUGGUAUCAAGUGAUCCUCCUGCCUCAGUCUCCCAAGUAGGUGGGACUACAGACACACAUCACCAGACCUACCUUGUAUAAUUAAAAGUUGAGAAUUGGAAGAAAGAACUAGAAAAACACAGGGAGAAAUUAUUAAGUGGAAAUGAGAGCUCAUCAAAAAAAAGACAGAGAAAGAAAAAAGAAAAGAAGAAAUCUGGUAGGCAGUUCUUCAGAUUCUGAAGAUGAGGAUAAGAAACAAACAAAACGGAGAAAGAAAAAGAAGAACCGUUCUCAUAAAUCUUCUGAAAGCUCCUUGUCAGAAACUGAAUCAGACAGUAAGGAUAGUUUGAAAAAGAAAAAGAAGUCAAAGGAUGCAACCGAAAAAGAAAAGGACAUUAAAGGACUCAGUAAAAAAAGAAAGAUGUAUCCUGAAGACAAACCUUUAUCAUCUGAGUCCUUGUCAGAAUCAGAUUAUAUUGAGGAGGUACGCGCAAAAAAGAAGAAAAGCAGUGAGGAACGAGAUAAAGCAACAGCAAGAAAAAAACAAAAAGAAAAAGAAGCAUAAGAAACACAGUAAAAAGAAGAAAAAGAAGACUGCUAGUUCAAGUCCUGACUCGCCGUAACAUUAA